AUGGAGGGGUUUGCAAAAGGAUCAAGAAGCCAAUACUCCCCGACGUCGCCAAACAACAGUUGCGGUUACACGUCGGGGUCUGAGAGCGAGGUGGGGGACGACAGCGAGGGGGAAGCCGGCACCCAGCAGCGGAGGAUGAGGACCAAGUUCACCUCGGAGCAAAUCAGCAAACUGGAGAAGGCCUUCCGCAAGCACAGAUACCUGGGAGCUAUGCAGAGGAGGAAGACUGCCGAGAAGCUGAACCUCUCCGAAACUCAGGUGAAAACAUGGUUCCAAAACAGGAGGAUGAAGCUGAAACGGGAGGUCCAGGACCUGCGUCCUGAGUUCCUGUCUGUCCCGGCCGCUCUGCUGUUUCAGCACCCCGCCCUGAGUGGACAGCUCCCCGCCCUGAGUGGACAGCUCCCCGCCGGCAGCGGCUUCUUCCCGCAGCUGCAGCUGCCGCGGCGGCCACCCCACACUACAGCCCUGCACCAGCGCCAGCAGCAGCACCACCAAGUAGAAGUAGAAAGUGGCCUGAAAAAGCCAGACACACCGGAGCCAAGGCUGGAUGAUGAUGAUGAUGAGGAUGAGGAUGAUCAUGAUGGGAUUGUUCAGGUUCAGUGA